AGACAGCACGGCCAGCAGCGACGCCUCGGUCUCAGCGUCGUUUGUCGAGGUGAACGUUCUGCGCGACGACCUCAAUGCGUUACGCCGCUACCCCGACAACUCCAUCCGCACCGCCAAGUAUACGUGGUUGACGUGCUUUCCGCUUAGCCUGCUGUACCAGUUUAAAAAGGUAUCAAAUAUAUACUUCCUUGUUGUCAUGCUGCUUUCUAUUAUUCCUGGCGCAAGCCCAGUCAACCCGUUUAGCACAAUUGUGCCGCUGUGCAUCGUGCUGGGGGCGUCAAUCUGCAAGGACCUCUGGGAGGACGGCAGGCGACGGCAGGCGGACAAGCGGGCAAACAACACGAGGGCGUUUGUGUUGCGGGGGUCAAGCUUCGUCGGGGUGCCCGCCCAUUCUGUGCGCGUGGGAGAGGUGAUGCUCUGCAAGCUUGGCGAGGAGGUGUUGGCAGAUGUGGUGUUACUGAACUCAUCCCUUGCGGGGGGCGUUGCGUACAUUGAGACGGUCAAUUUGGACGGGGAGACCAACGCCAAGACGCGACGGGCGAAGACGCAGACAAUUGAGGCGCUGGGGGUAACAGAGGACAUCAUUGAAAUUUGUCUCCCGGACCCCGCAAUGCGGGCGCACUUUUUGUCGCAGGGCACCACGGCAUCGUGGCGAGAGCGGGCGGCAUCAGCAACUGACGCGUCUGGUCCCACGCCUGUAGAGUUGCCGAAAAUGCCGUCGAAGGCGUUUGGGACGGGGCGGACAGAGCCCAGCAAGAGCAUGUCGCAGCCCGGCCCGCGAGAGGGGGUGCGUGCAAAGGAGGAACCCUUUUCUGUGCAGCCCGUGCCCAGCGCCGGGGCUUCGAUGCACCCGUUGGAAGUCGACGCACACGCACGUUCGCAGACAUGUGGCGUUUGGGAACACUCGGGCGCGGAGGCUGCGGGGUUUCACCGGCGGCAGCUCACUUUCGAUGAGCGGUUUGUGGUGGGGCGCGAGAUCCCGGUGCCGUCGGACAUUUUGGAGCUCUCGCGGCGGUACAAGGAAAAACACACGCGGCACCAGCACCAGCAGCAGCAGCAGCAGCAGCAGCAGCAGCAGCAUUAUCACCAGCACAGCUCCUCCAACUUUUUGUUCCCCGGUAGUGAGGUGGUGCGGCUGCCCCCCGAGAAGGAGGUUCCCGACACCGUCGAGCAGGGUGUCGAGAGCAGCAUCAACGAAAACAAGGGAAUUGUGCUUCUCGGCGCCCCCCCGUGCAGCGAGCUCUACUCCUGGAUUGGGCAGCUGCGGCUGCCAGGCGGUGAGCUCGUUCCCUUGGGCAUCGAUCAGCUGCUUCCUCGCGGGUGUGUGAUACGUAACACGGAGUGGGUCCUCUGCGUGGUGAUCUACACCGGCAGGAAUACGAAGAUGCUGCUCAACCUGCGGCCUAAGCCCAUGAAAAUGUCUGUGGUUGCCCGGCGCAUCAACAUCCUCAACUGCUUCCUCCUCGUGGUGCAUCAGUCCUUCCUCUUUUGUCUCUGCGGACUCGCAGUGAUGUGGCGGAACUCGCACCUGGAGGCCCCACCGGGCACACGCAGCGGGUACUCGACGUGGUACAUCCAAUGGAGCCUCUCACACUAUACUCCGGCCGAGAUGUUUGGGUGGCGGUACUUCACCAACUUCGUCCUCCUCUCCUACCUCAUUCCACUCUCCCUGUACGUCACGCUGGAGUUCAACAAGGCGAUUCAGAUGGUUCUCAUCGCCCGCGAUCGGCGCAUGGCGAACUACGAUGAAUUCCUUGGCGAGCUGCGCUACUCGCGCCCCAAAACCUCGGAGCUAAACUGUCAGCUGGCGCAUGUACGGUACAUCUUCACAGACAAGACCGGGACGCUGACAGAAAACAUCAUGACCUACGUGGGCGGCUGCACGGCGACGACGGAGCACAACGAACAGGAGCGACCUGGUGGCCUUGGUGAGGACUUUCUUUCUCUCCUGCAAUCGCGCCGACGCAGGACUGGGGCCGAGGCAAACGCGACGCCGCCUCGCCCCUUCCGCGGCUUUGCUGCGCGCCUCUUUUUUGACGAGACCGUGGUGGAGUCAGAGCCGCUCUUUCAGUACCUGCGCGCGCUUGCGCUGUGCCAUUCCGUCGUCUGCUUUGACCGCGCCUCCGUGGAGCAGGGCGCCUUGGGCUCCACCAUGGGCUCUGCCACGCAGAGGCCGCACGGGUGUGAGGCUGACUUGCCGCAUUUUCCCGGGGUGGGUUGUGAGCCACGAGAAGGGCCGGCUUCAGAACACUCCGUGCCGGCCGCAUUGACUUCGGCAGGGUCCGGCUUUCAGCAAAGCAUUUCUGUGUUCCACGACAGCACCGGCGGCGUCGGUCGGCUGCUACAGGGACGUGCGGGAAGUGCAAGUUGGUACGCGACACGCCACAAUGAUAUCCAGACGCACCAGCGCUCCGCAACCAUGUCAAAGCUUGUGAGUGUGCUGAAGGACGAGUCAAAGAUAUACGAGGCUCAGUCGUUGGACGAAAUUGCGUUGGUGACAGCCGCCCGCGAUAACCUCUUUGCGCUACAGAAGCGGAGUGCGACGCAUAUGUUUAUAAAGGCUGUGGAUAGAAUGAUGUGCUACGAGAUCAUUGCCGAGCUGGAAUUCACGCCGCAGCGGAAACUAAUGAGCAUUUUACUGUUCCGCCGCCCAGAAUGCGACACGGAGGUGUUUGAGCAGAAUGACACGCCGAUCAGUUAUCACCGUCACUCCGCCCCCGCAGCGCCUCCCCGUGAGUUGCGAGAGGUGGAGGGGCAGCCGGUUGGGAUUGUCGACAUCAUUCCCCUCGCGCCAGAGCCUCCGCUUGCGGAUGAGGCGAGGGAGGGCACCACUCCCAAGGUCGAUGUGGCUUUUUGUGGAAGGUCUGAGGAGCGUCCCUACUUGUUGCUGGUGAAGGGGGCGGACAGUAGCAUGAUGCCCAUUUUGAACAAAACUAACCCGCGAAACGCCGAACUGAAGCCCAUUUUUCAGCGGGAACUGGAAGCAAUGGCACAGAAUGGUCUUCGCACCCUUGUGCUGGGACAACGAUAUCUUUCGGAGAGCGAGGUGCGAGAGUGGCUACCGUGCUUCAACGAGGCUCAGUGCUCGAUGCAAGACCGCAGUGAGAAGCUGCAUGUCGUCUAUGCGAUGCUGGAAAAGGAGGUGGAUCUCGUGGGCACCACGGCGGUGGAGGAUCGGCUUCAAGAAGGGGUCCCUGAGACGCUACGGUUUUUCUUGGAGGCGGAAAUUGUUGUGUGGAUGCUCACGGGCGACAAGCGUGAGACAGCGGUGACGAUUGCGGGAACAAGCGGCCUCAUCGACGCCGAGUUUGCGGAUUGUGUGGUGCAUUUGGACCUUGCGGAGGCCUCUGCAGGGUUUGCUGGAGCUGCCGAGGCCGCCGCCGACGUCGCGGUGUGGGGAUCCCUGCAGCAGCAGAUGAAGGCCGCCGUGCAAAGGUGCGACGCCUCAGAGGAGGAGCACCGCGGCCUUCGCACCGUCAUUUUGGUGGUGGAUGGGCGGACGUUGGACAUCAUCUUCACGGAUGAGCACUGCACGCAGGAAUUCUUUAAGCUUGGCAUUCGCUGCCGCAGUGCGGUGUGUUGUCGCAUGACCCCGCUGCAAAAGGCGCGGAUUGUGAAGCUGUUUCAAAAGAACACAAGCUCCAUUGCCCUGGCCAUCGGCGACGGCGCAAAUGACGUGUCCAUGAUUCAGGAGAGUCACAUUGGCGUUGGCAUUAUGGGGCUAGAGGGCUCCCAGGCGGAGUUGUCCAGCGACUACGCCAUCCCCAAGUUCCGAUUUUUAAAGCGGCUGCUGAUGGUGCACGGUCGUUUCGCCAUGUACCGCGACGCCCACUGUAUUAUGUUCAGCCUCUACAAGAAUGCAGUGCUGUGCACCGGACUCGUGACCUACGCCUUUUUCUGCGGUUUCUCCGGUCUGAUUUUGAUUGAGUCCUGGUUACUGGCGAUGUUUAACCUUUUCUUUUGCUCUCUGCAGCCGCUGGCGCUUGGCAUCUUUGACAAGGACGUCGACGACGAACUGGCCGAGUCCCUCCCGUCUCUCUACCCGGCACUGGCGCGUGAGCAGAUGUUCUUCAGCUGGCCGUACAUCAUCAAGUGGCUCUUUGACGCGGUCGUGGACGGGCUCGCGCUGUUCUUCGUUAUUUUCUACACCGUGGGGAAGUGGGACGAGUUGUACCCGCACCGCACCGCCGCAAUCGAGGACUACGGCGUGCUGUUUUUCAUGAUGAUGCUGCUUGUGCUGAACCUCCGCAUCGCCGCGCUCAUGACGUACUACACCGCCCUCUCAGCCGCCGUCAUCGCCUUUGGCUUCGUCGCGAUCCCGGUGCUGACGCUUCUGUACUCCACAUUACCGAAUGUCCUUGGGUCGAACUGGUGCGUGGGGAUCGCCCAUGAGCUGAUGCAUACCGGCAAGUUCUGGAUGCUGAUGCUCUUCGCCGCCGGUGCUUUCAUCGUGUACGGGGUGGCGGUGAACAUGUACAUUGCGCUGUUUUGGCCGUGGACGAACGGCGGGCCCGCCAUGCGGGCGGCGUGGCGCUCGCCGUACCGAAUGGAGCACAAGCAGCGCAUGCAACUCCUCCGCUGA